UUUCGAGUCUACAAAUAUGAAAUCAACCGAAGCAGAAAAUAAGGUAGCUGAAAGUGAUCCAAAAAUCGCGGAAGCUACUAUGGAAAAAUUGACAAGUAAUAAUGAGAAAUCUACGGAGGAAGCAGUAAUUACUGGUGACGAAGCGGUGGAAGUUGAAUCGAAAAAGAAUUUAUUGCAAAAGGCAAAUUCCGAACCAGGACCUCGGGAACUGUCGAAAAUGAAUAACAGAAAAAGUGACAAGAUAUCGAUAAGCCUUCCUGAAACGAAACAAUUGAUCUCUCCGCCGAGGCUGGUGGCAGAAAUGAUAGAUCGUUUGCAAGAAAUCGAAGGGAAUAAACAGGAUACGCCUACGGCUAUGCCAGCUGCGAGUGAAAUUAUUCCGAAGGCAUCGAUUUUAAAUUCUACUAAGUCAGAAUCUGAUGGAAAAGUGAAAAAUGUUACGAUUGAACCGAAUUCGACGCGAGGCGUAGCUUUUGAUAGGAGUGCUGAUCAGAAUCGUAAAUCGAAUAUCAAAAGCGAAGACAGUGCAUUGGAAUCGAGUAAUCUUACUAUGGAUAGUAGUAAGAUAUUGUCUUCUACAAAAGUAUCCAGGGACAGUUCUGCUUCGUAUGGGUACUCUGAUAACCAGUUAUUAAAACCACAUAAUGAUAAACCGAAGUUAAAUAAAGUGGAACAAUCCUCAGAUUCUAUAAUAAUACCUAAUCCUCAAAUGGGAACACAAACGACCGACGCAGAGAUAGCAUCAUCAUCCAGCAGAUACAAAAGGACUUACGUUUUCCCAAAGAAGAACAAAGUAGAACCAGCCGAAGUGACAUAUACUGAUAUCGAUGUUCAAACGGGUUACGAAGCUCAAUCUGAGGUUAGCCCAUGUAGAAAGCAGAAAUGAAUUUUCGAUGUAAAGAAACAUCCCCAAAGGAAACAUUAAUUUCUCUACGGUUCUAUGCAAUUUUUUAAACAAUGAAAGAACCGUUUCAAUAAUUAGUAUACUUGUUAAUGGCCUAUUUAACGAAUAAUACUCAAUAAAAUAUUUUAUAGAAAUCGUUUACAGAAAACAGCCGAACGUUACAACAGAAAAGUUUGGGUGUCUGUUCUGCCUGUAAGAGAGUCCAGGUAAAUAUUAAUAACUUACAAUUUAUAAGAUUUAAACAAUUUAUAUUUUACGAUUUUCUUCUUAUUUUUAUAGCUACCUACCACGACAGGUUCUUUUAAUUAUUAUAGUGUUUAUAAGGACAAACGUGGACGAUAUUAUUGUGAAUUCUGUGCUAAUCCGAACUCGAUUAAAGUAUUGUACAAAGAUGGUAAUGAGCCGAAACGUUUAAAAUGUGCCGGCUGUGGAAACAUUAUACGCUCGAAACACAGUUAUAAUCUGCGAGAUGAACUUGUAAGACCAACAUUCAUUUUAAGACACUUAAUUUUGUUACUGAUAAUAAACUUUACUUUUGCAGAGUUCUCGAAAUAAGCAUGAUAAUUGCCCAAAAUGUGGGCAAUCCCAAGUACAAGUAUCUCCAGUGUCAUAUUAAAUUGAAAUAAUAGUAUCUUGCUAUAGAUACACUUAAUAUAGAUGAUGUCUGUAUAUUAAAAAAAAAAAUUA